AUGAUUUCCAAACAGCAUCGGCGUGCUCUGUUGGAUGCAGAACCUGAGGCAGAAGCCACGAAAGAACCUUAUACGAAAAGCUUCGGAGAACCUCUUCCAGAGUGGCAUACAGCGAUACCGACCUGGGGUGUUGCUUGGAAAAUCUACCAAUACGGACUGGGUGCUGCAUUUGGAAUACUUAUGGUUCUUACCUCAGCCCUUAUUCUGCGAGCUCUGUCGUCAAACAGAGCUAGAAGACCCAAAAAGGCUAACUUGAUCGUGUUAGUCUUGCUUUUCAUGUUUGGUUUGUUGCGCUGUUUGUACCUGUGCAUCGAUGCAUACAGUACAAAACACAUUUUGCCAAAAGCAGUCGCAAACUUCGUGUGGACCUUAGGCAACCCUUGCAUAAUCACGGCUUACACACUGAUAUUUUUGGUUUUGAAGAAUAUAUUUGUGCUAAGGGAACGAUUCAUGGUGUGGUACACUGCAAAAAACAUUUUAUUUAUCGCAGUUCCUUAUUUUUCUCUUCAGCUAGUUGCUGAAGUAACUCUUUUCUAUGUACCGAAUAUCGACGUACUAACUUUUAUCUGUCAACUGGUUUACGUGCUUUUCAGCUUAUCGCUGUCGUUCUUUUACUCCUUCAUCGCAUACCUUCUUUGGAAAAAUUUCAGAGCGGAAAAUUCUCAAGGAAGUGCGGAAAAAAGUCGACAACAUUUUACGUGGACCGUUUCGAAAAGUAGUCCGCGCGGCAGACAAACUCGAUCCAUAAUCAAAACUUGCGUCGCAGCCGUUCUUGGAGGCGUUAUACUUUGCGCGCUUCAAAUUUAUUCUAUGAGUGGAGUUUACGGGGUUUUCUCGGACGCCAUUUAUGUUGAGGCCUGGCCUUGGUUGAUCUUCAAUUUUUCCAUGAGAGUUUUAGAGUUAUUUCUCUCUUUCGUGUUAUUCAGUGCCGCUUCCACACAAGGAACACGGCGUCGACAAUGCCAAUCAUUUCCCGUAAGCUCGGCGGGUUCAUUCCAAGGGCGUGCACGACAAAGAAAUUGUGUGAUUUCCCUCUCACCUAACGCGAUUGGUAGUGCAGGUUUAAGUACGAAAGGCACUGCUAUAUUGUAA